AUGGCCGAAGACAACACACAAGAUACUACUUCAGUUCAAAUCCUGCCAAACAAAGAGUGGCUAUCUCGGGCACAAGGGCUCGUCCCAAGAGUUGUAGCCAUAGCGAAAGGGGUAAAAGUGUUUCCACAAAAGUGGAAGCUUAUAAUCUCAAGAUUACAUCACAUCCCAUCUUCUUUAUCGGACCUUUCCACCCACCCUUGCUUUUCCAAGAGUCUUCUUUGUAACGAGCAACUCCAAACCAUCACCCUCACACUGCAAGAAACAAUAGACCUUGCAAAAUCGUGUGUGGAAGCAAAAUAUGAAGGAAAGCUCAAAAUGCAAAGCGACCUCGACUCUCUUAUCGGAAAGCUCGAUUUAUGCCUUCGUGAUUGUGGGCUCUUGAUCAAAACUGGCUUAUUAGCCGAGGUAACUACUCAUUCAUCAGACGCCACGAAUAACGAAAAUGUAAGAGAAUUGUUUGCUCGUCUUCAAAUCGGAGAUUUGGAGUCUAGGCACAAAGCACUCGAUAGUCUUCUGAGUAUAAUAAAGGAAGACGAGAAGAAAUUGUUCGAAAUAAUGGGACAAACCCACGUAGUGGCUUUGAUCCGCUUCAUCACCUCUACUACUUCACUAAAAAUAAAAGAAAAGAUUGUCACGGUUAUUUCCUCGUUAGCCGAAUCCGGAAUUUUCGACAGUUGGCUCGUCUCAGAAAUUGUUCUUUGUCCUCUCAUAAAGCUCGUCGGCUCCGGUAAUUCAUUUUGUAAAGAAAACAUCUCUAUUGUUCUCAAGAGACUAUCCGUUUCCUCCAAAGCAUCUCGUUCGAUAGUCGAUAACGACGGAAUUAAGCCUCUCAUCGAGAUUUGUGCCAAUGGGGAUUCCGUCUCGCAAGCUUCGGCCGCUUGUACCUUGAAGAACAUAUCGGCUGUACCGGAGCUAAGGCAAAAACUCGGAGAACAACAAAUUGUGAAGUCAAUGGUUUCCCUUCUCAACCGCGGAAUCUUGCCAGGUUCGAAAGAAUACGCGGCCGAAUGCUUGCGAAAUCUCACUUUAGACAACAACAAUUUAAAAAAAUCGGUAGUUUCAGAAGGCGGGAUCACGAGUUUGCUCAAGUAUUUAGACGACAGGUCAUUGCCUAAAGAAACCGCCGUCGAGGCAUUAGCAAAUCUAAUCGACUCGAAUUUUACGGAUAAAUUAAUUACCUUAGGCGUUUUGCCGAGAUUAGCGCGCGUGCUCAAGAUCGGCUCGCCUAGCGCUCAACGGGCGGCUGCCUCGGCAAUUUGUCGUAUUUGCACUUCGGACGAGACGAAAAUGCUUGCAAACGAAAACGGGUGCAUUGCUUUUUUGGCCAAAAUGUUGGAGGCUAAGGAUAACGAGACGAGAGAGAUAGGCGCACGAGCGCUGGCCAGCUUGAUGACUGUCUCGAGCAACUGUAAAGAGGUUAUUAAGAGUGGGGAUAAGAGUGUGGCGUGUUUGGUGGGAUUGCUCGAUCCGAAUCCGCAUAAUGGCGGGAAAAAAUAUGCGGUUGCUUGCCUCGUGAUGAUGUCAUCGAGCAAGAGAUGUAGGCGGGUGAUGGUCUCGUAUGGGGCUGUCGGUUAUUUGAAGAAGCUUGUGGAGAUGGACGUUGAUGGUGCAAAGAGGUUGCUUGAGAGGUUAGAAAUAGGGAGAUUUGAGAAGUUUGUUCACCAGCUAAAGACGAACCCAUCGGCGGACGACGCCCGAGACAUAAACAUGAGUAGUUCAUUGGAUGUUGCCCGAGCAGAGCUUGGCCUUGCUGUCUUGUAUCUGAACAAAGCCGAGGCCAGGGAUAAGAUAUGCAGGGCUAUUCAGUAUGGUUCCAAGUUCUUGAGUAAUGGGGAGCCUGGGACUGCACAAAAUGUCGACAAGUCGACUAGUUUGGCUCGAAAAGUUUUUCGAUUGUUCAAGUUUAUCAAUGAUCUCCAUGCUCUAAUUAGUCCAAAUGCUCCAGGAACUCCUCUUCCUCUGAUUUUGUUGGGAAAGUCGAAAAAUGCACUCUUGUCCACUUUCUUGUUCUUAGAUCAAAUUGUGUGGCUGGGCAGGACAGGGAUUUAUAAGAACAAAGAACGCACUGAACUAAUUGGAAGGAUAUCUCUAUUCUGUUGGUUGGGGUCCUCUGUUUGUACCACCCUAGUUGAGAUUGGGGAACUCGGAAGGCUUUCAACAUCCAUGAAAAAGCUGGAGAAGGAGUUCAAGAAUACUAAUAAAUAUAAGAACGAACAGUACAGAAGUAAGCUUCAGAAAUCGAACGAGAGAACACUCGCGCUCGUGAAGGCAGGCAUGGACAUAGUUGUUGCAGUUGGGUUGCUUCAACUGGCGCCCAAGAAAGUCACUCCUCGUGUUACUGGUGCCUUUGGUUGCUUCCGGCACCACAGAAGGCUAAGACAACUUAAGAGCAACUCAACUAGUCGUCAAGGUAAGGAUGUCCUGAUAUUAUCAGAAUACUCGGCAGCCGUAUGAAUAUGAACAAUUUGCAGGCAACAAAUGGGUGCAGUUGAAACAAAAAUCGAGCAAUAUCUUCACAUUGUCUAUUCCUAGUACCAUCGAUCAUUUUGUUCAACACUUGUAACAGUAAUAAUAUAUGCAUAAUCCAUAUUUCAAGCCUCAGGCAAGACAUUUAUAAACAUAAUUCCAAAUAUUUGCAAUAGGUUUUU